AUGGAGAUCCCACCUGUGUUCAAAACCGUGUUUGGGUACAACGGUGUCAUCGACGGGGCGCCCCAGCCAUCCAUCGGACCUGACGGACCCAUGGAUUGGCGGACGUCCAUCUUCACACACUUUCUAAAAGAUGAUAGCAUGACCAACUCAAAUUUAAUCCGGUCAUCCGUCGUCCCCGGCAGCGAGAUCAUGAACAUCCUUGAGGAUCCAGAGACGGUGAACAAGCUAAUGACUGAGUUUCGAAACAAGGAUCUGUUCCUGUCAUCCCUCUCAAGUAACGAUACUCCGGAACAGAAGAAUGAGAUGGAGCCAUUCGUGUGGGCCCUGGUGGGUGUCUCAGCUGUGCUCUUGGUUCUCCUCAUUGCUGGUGCCUUCGUCUACUACGUCAAAUUCUCC